GGAAACCCUAGUUCCAUCGAUUCAGUUUGAGCCUCGCAAUACCUAUCUUUCUCUCUCUUCUUCUUCUCUCUGUUCAUCAUCGUCUCUUUGUAUUUUCUCAUUUUCGCUCUUAUUCGUAUGUAUCUCCGCUGCUGUCAAUUUUGAUUAAACCAAUAUCGAACUGACGCUCGAAUCGCGAUCUCUUUCGACCGAUCUCUCAAUAUCUUUCGCCACAGAACACAACUUGGUUUGGAAGAAAUGUCUCCUGCAUCGAGAUCAAAGUCGAAAGACAAAAAGGCUGGAAAAGAACCAGAGAAGACUCCUUCCAAGCCAUCUGGAUUCACUGGACCGGUGAGUGGAUACAAUCCACUUUUAGGGAAAUUUCAUGCCCUCGAGAUAUCACACACAUCAACACCUUUGUCCAACUCCAAUGGUCGUUUUCGUAACAUAGAUGAAACGGAUGAUCAAUCCGCGAUUUCCCUUGGAACCGGACUUGACUUUGAUGCAGUUUCUAACAAUGGUAGCUGGUCUGGUGAGUCAGAAGAUACUAAAGAAAAGACAUCUUCUCAUCAAGCCUCCCGUCAGGAAUCAGUGCCCGGGGCUGAUAAUGAGAAAAGAGAAAAGAUCCGUCAGAAAAAUGAAAAGAAGCAUCAGCGUCAAAAGGAGAGACGUGCACAAGAACUGCAUGAGCGGUGCAGUGGCUUUCUCAUGUCGAGAAAGCUUGAAGCUCUAUCUCAACAGCUUGUAGCAAUGGGAUUCACCUCAGAACGUGCAACAAUGGCCCUUAUAUUGAACGAAGGUAAAAUUGAAGAAUCCGUUGCUUGGUUGUUUGAAGGUGUUGAAGAAGAAGAAGCAGAUAGACAUAAGGAAUCUAAUAACCUGGACGGAGGUAGUCUGAAAAUCGACAUUACAGAGGAGCUAGCCCAGAUUGUUGAAAUGGAGGCUAAGUACAACUGUUCGAAGCAAGAAGUCGAAAGAGCGGUUGUUGCCUGCGAAGGUGACAUAGAAAAAGCUGCAGAAACCUUGAGGUUACCGAAGGAAGAACUGUCUUUUGCACCACCGAAGCCUGAAGAAACUGUAGAUGAUCACUCCAAAUUCCCAGUACCGAGGAUUCAACCGAGACCACCCAGUUUAUCAAAUAACAUGCUGCAACAACAACCCAGAAAGGAGGAAAAGAAUUUCAAUUAUACAAAAGCAGCCCCAGUCCCAGUGCCAAUUGGGGUUCUUCCUAAUGUGGCGCCAUCAACAAAGGCUGGCGUUGCGAAACUGGAAUGGGCUAAUCCACAACAGAUCUCAACUACAAUGGAGAAAAGAUGGACAAACGGAGGAGUAGGAGGAUCUAAUCCUUCGGUCUCUUCGUAUCCAACGGCUCCACCUAUACAGGCAAACCCAUCUGCAAAGGUGGAAGCCAGGUAUGGUUUGCUUUCGAGUGAACUGAAGCAUCUUCAGCUCGGUUCCAUUAAAGAACCUGUUGUUGUUAUGCAACGUCCAUCUCAUCAAGUAAUCAUUAAUAAUCAAAAGCAGCAGGUUGUAUCCAAUGGAAACAUAAUGAGCUCUUCUCCUCCUCCACUUCCUCCAUCUGGUGGUUGGCAUCAGAACAACAGCAAUGUAGGGGGUGGGAUGAUGAAAUCUGGAGCGAUGACUCUUCACAAUCCGAAUCCUAGUACAAGAAGUGUUAGUCCGAACAGUUUGGGGGCUAAUAAAUUGUACAGUAGUCAUCUUCAGUAUCAACAACAGCAACAGCAUCAUCAACAACAGCAGCAACAGCUUAAUAUGAUGGUUGACGGUUCGAAUCAGAUCCAGAACCAGAACCAGAAUCGAGUGAACAGUUCAUGGAACCGAAUGAUGGGUACGUCGCGAACACUUUCUGCCGCAUCCUCGCUUGGUCUGUUUUCUGGUUUGGGAUCAAAUAGUUCGUCGUCAGGUUCGUCUUCUCCAAUUGAUUGGACUACAAGCAGUUCGAUGUUCGAGCUUGAUUACGCUAGCGUGGACUGGAGUUUGGAUCGCGGUUCAAGAAGCAGUGUGGGAAUGUGGGCAGGAGGAGGUGGUGGUGGUGGUGUUGGAGGAGGGCAAAAUAGUAGUAAUAAUGGUUAUCAUCAUAAUAAUAAUCAAGGGUUGGGCGGCGGAGUUGGUGGAGUUAGGGCUGGUGGUGCGAUGAGGCAAAUGGUGGCGGCGGUGGCGAAUGGUGGGAUUUCCGAGAUGGGAGGAUUUAAAGACAAUGGAGGAGUGGCGGCAGCAACAACAACAACAACAAAGGCGGGUGGUGAAGGCGGUGGCGGUGGUUCUUCGUCUGGGGUUGGGGUUGGAGUUGGAGUUGGAGGAGGGUCUAGAGGAGAAUGGUCUUCUCCAUUUGAGGAGAAGGAUAUGUUCAGUUUAUCUAGGCAGUUUGUUUCGUCUCCUUCACUGUAGAUGAUGAUGAGAGAAUGAGAUAUGAGAGAGGUCUCUUGAAUGAAUGAAUGAAUGAAUUAAUAAAAGAAAAGAAGUUUAUCAAAACAAAAAGAGAGACCUUUGAAAUUCUGCGUUUUCUUGUUCCUUGGUUGUUGAUUAUUACAGUAUGCUCAUGUGUUGAUCAUGGUGA